CUAAUUGAAUGCUGUUUGUCACAAUAACGGCAAAGCAAGUUCACUCAGGGUUCCAGACAGUGAGGCCUGUCGAUUUGGCUCGUCAGGGCUUUGCCUUAUGAUCACAUCAGUGAGUCAGACUUAGAAAAGGCUUGAUUAGAAGAUGACCGACAGUGACGAAUGACUACGUUACAUUCUUCCAGACCCGACUAUUCGAUCAACAAGAAAUGGAGCCGAGGUUGCUGAUCCUACUCACUGUCAGCUUUCUGCUGUGUGGAGUUCAGAGAAGUUUGGCUGACAAAGUCUCGUUUGCAGGCAAGCGAUGGAAGAAGCAACUGGACCAAUUAGAGGAAGCUGUACGAAACUACAAGCCAUGCAGUCAACACAACUGCAGCUGCUACCUUGGAGUCCUAAAGGCAGAUCUCAAGCCAUUUCGCCCUGGAGUGUCAGAGUCUCUUAUGAUGGAGACAGUCCGUCGAGGAGUUGGUACGCACUACCAGAUCAUCAACCACAAGCUGUACAGAGAACAUAAUUGCAUGUUCCCUGCCAGAUGCAGUGGAGUGGAGCACUUCAUUCUGCAGGUGAUUGACAGGCUCCCUGACAUGGAGAUGGUGAUCAAUGUGCGAGACUACCCGCAGGUGCCCCACUGGGCCCAGCCUGCCCUCCCUGUGUUGUCCUUCAGCAAGACACCAGACUACCAGGACAUCAUGUACCCUGCCUGGACCUUCUGGGAAGGAGGCCCUGCGGUCUGGCCCAUCUACCCCACUGGACUAGGCCGAUGGGACCUCAUGAGGGAUGACCUGCAGAAAUCAGCAGCACAGUGGCCAUGGAAAAAGAAACGCUCUAAGGGAUUCUUCAGAGGCUCAAGAACCAGCGCUGAGCGGGACCCUCUGAUCCUGCUCUCCAGGGGGCAGCCAGAGCUUGUGGAUGCCGAGUACACCAAGAACCAGGCCUGGAAGUCAGAGAAGGAUACUCUCGGGAGACCACCUGCUAAAGAGAUUUCCCUAGUUGACCAUUGUGAAUACAAAUAUCUCUUUAAUUUCCGUGGCGUGGCUGCCAGCUUCCGGCUAAAGCACCUCUUCCUGUGUGGCUCGCUGGUUUUCCAUGUCGGGGAGGAGUGGCUGGAGUUCUUUUACCCGCAGAUCCGCCCGUGGGUGCACUACAUCCCUGUCAAGCAGGAUCUGUCUGACGCCAGAGAUUUGUUGCAGUUUGUGAAGGAGAAUGACAAUGUGGCUGAGGUCAUUGCCAAGAGGGGUGAGCGCUUCAUCCUGGAUCACCUAAGGAUGGCGGACGUCUCCUGCUACUGGGAGAAUCUGCUCAGCCAGUUCGCCCAGCUGCUACAGUACCGGCCCACCAGACGACCCAACUACAAUCAGAUCACCCACAGGCCCGACCAUGGCGAACUCUGACCCGGAGGACCGGACCUCCAAGACGCGUGAGGCUACGUCCUCCUCUUGUCCAUUAGGUUGCUCAUAUACCAUUUCCUCCUCUUUAUCCUCCUCCUCCUCCUCUGUGCUUCACCAGGGCAGCUUAUGCAGAAUUGCCAUCAUUUGCUCAGCUUUAAAGAGCACAUUUUAUACGCAGGCCAACAGCUGUCAAAACAUUUGAUCCCAUCUAAUAAGCCAUCCUAUACUGUACAAGCAACACAAGUUCUUGAUUUCUGGUGUAUGACUCCCCCCCCCCCCCCCCCCCCUUUUUUUUUAAAAAGUACUUCUACUUUUAGCUAAAUAUUGAAAUAAUACAUUAGUGGACUUUUGUUUACAUGUGUAGGAGGUCAUAUAGUUUGUGAGGUUGUAAUAAUUGAGAUUGAAUUCCUGCUGAGAAGAAGCUCUUGGUAUCUAAGAACGGCCUGCACUAGGGCUUCUGUUGUCCUCAGGAUGUGAAAGUGAAUGUCUCCCGGCAACAAAAGAAUUUUACAGUUCUAGCGAUUGUGAACAGUGAACUAGAGAAAGUCUUAAUACAAGAAUAUGUGAAACAUGUUCUCUACAAGGAUAUGUGAAACAUGUUCUCUACAAAAAGAGAUUGUUGUACGAACACUGGUCAGUGGCAGAGACGCAAGGUACAUGAACAAAGUGAUGCUGAUUUUCGCUAUUGCUUAAAUAGUAUCAUACAUGCUAUGCUUUCAACUUGCAAGCUUUUUUUUUAAAGACUUUUCUGUUCUUUGGUAUGGGUUUUUAUUUACGGUUACUUGCCUUUAGGCCAACAGCCAAACUCACACAAUGGCGGAGACCUUUGAUGGCAGCACAACUUUAACUGCCAUUUUCUGCACUGGUUUUAUUAAUGUGACGGCGUUGCUGAUAAAUGUCAAAUGUCUGCCUCAUUUUGGUGUGUAUUCACAAUUCUGCUUAACAUCUUAAGGUGCUUAAGUUGACAUUAGUGAUAUCAUGUUGGUGUAUAAUGGACAUUAUAUAUCUUUAUCAGAUCAUUCAACCACCCAGCACCUGAGAGGUGGGUGUACACAAGCUGGGUAUUUCUGGGCAGUUCUGGCUAUUUUAAUAACAGAGAUUCAUCAUACAAACAGUGCUGAUGCAGUAGUACGUGUUGGGCACAACCAGAGUUUAGUUGCGUUUCAGACACCUAUCCGUAACUUCCUGACACGUUUUUUCUUCAUCCCUCAAGGUGCCAUGAGAGACCACUUUAAUGUGCUCUGGUUUGACACAGCAACAGUGUGUACAUGGGCGUGGGUGCUGCUAACAUAAAGCUUGUCACAUGUCUGUUGCCACUAGUGAAGCCCCUGGGGUUUCACACGUGCUUCCCAGAUAACACCGUUCUUAUUUGAAUUCUCUAUUUGUAAAGACCUGUAUAGACCACAUUGGUACUAGGUCGCUGUGGUGCUGAAUGUCCGCUCAGAACAACCUUAUUGUACUAUCCGUGCUGUAUUUAAGACACAUCUAAAGGCGUUGCCACACAACACCUGGCCUUGACUGUAGUAAUUGUUUGUUAUCACAAGCGUGUUCUAUUUGUAUAUUGGUGAUGUAAUAUCAUGGUGUAUGCCAGAUAGUGAGAGAAGGGAGAUGUUCAAUCUAAUUUCUCCACUCUCACUGUGCAGCGCAGCAUAUUUUUCUAUUUCUUAUUUAAAACGGUUUUCCAAUGGUUGAGAUUAAUUAAUUUUCUAGAACCACUGUGCUUUUCUGUACAAUAAAACAUGUCAUUUAAUA